CUCACGUAGAGCUCUACGCAGUCUACGCAGUAGUAUUGGAAGACGAAGAAGACAGGCGAAGGAGUGGCUCAAUCAAGCCUGCCGCCUAACCUGAUGACAAUGGAUGGCUUUGAUGAAGCCACUCGUUCGGUAUUGGAAGAAGCGUCCCCAGCACGAGAUCCCCCUGUGCCAAAAAAGACAAAGAGUGGCACCAAAGCAGCCAUUCCAUCAUCCAGGUCUUCCUCACCGGCACCCAUGACUGUGAUUGCUUCACCAACCAUGCCUGCAAAAGAUGUUGCUGCGGGUCUCGACAGUCUGAAGAUGCAGGCCAGACACUACAAAACCUUGAGCAACAUGUACAACAAGCCCAAUGCAAAACCCAAUCAAAAUGAUGUGGCGCAAAUUCUGGACCUCGAGUUCGAAGCAAGGCGGGCCUUUAUCGAUUCAGAUGUUACCAAGGAAGAAGACCGACCUGCAAAAAUCCUUGAUGCAUAUCCAUGCUUUAAAGAUGUUCAAAACGCCAUGGAUGAGCUACGGCGCAUAGUAGAUGGUACUAACCGCAGAUACAUCGAGGACGUAAGAGGAAGAUGGACAGAAUUCUGCACGAAGGUGCAGUUCUACAGCGUGUGGAAGAAAGUCCUCAAACCCCCUUUUCCUUUGGAUGUUCGCAGUGUGGAUUUCACACUGGCCCUCUUCAAUGCACUGCCACCCCUCUUCCCCUCAUCCGUUUUGCCACCAAAGAAGCUUGCUUGCAGUGAGGCACUUAUUCAUAUACUGAAGGUAAGCAAAUAUUUCCCCAGAUUUAAGCAAAUUCAUUCAUUCACAAAACUGUAAAAAAAAAAAAUCUAAAACUUUGCAUCAGCUUGUCUGUUAUUAAUCUAUACUACAUUUAUUACAUGAUGUGUCUGUUACCCUGUGCAGUCAGCUGUUUUUGACACUUACUGCUGAUAACUGCUGAGCUGACCAGCUCUCUCCACUUCUAAGAGUCUUUUUCAAUGUUCAUAUGUGCGAUUCUCUCCCUUGCUCAUGAGUUCCCUCCUUCGUCGUUCACACAACUGCAAUCAUGUUCUGCAUUUCCCUACACGGGAUGUUUGAUAUGACUUGUUCUCGGUAUACCCCCGUUUUUAUUGCACAUUUCCAGUAAGGAGAACGAGGAGAUAUGCAUAUAAAAGGCUACUGCUUAUUUUGAGAAGGUUGAACCCACAUCUUUGCUCUUGAGGCG